AUGUCUUUUUUUAAUGGGCCUAAACUACUGGAUUUUAAGAAUUCACCACCACAUCUUCAGUUCAACAAGUAUGUCCUAACAGGAUACCGGCCCAUAUCCACUUACAGAGACUGUCUGCGAAGUUUGUUCUAUCUUCACAAUGAAUUUGGAAACAUCUAUACACAUGGCAUUCCCUUUAUCUGUUUUUUGCUGUUUUUGCCUGCAAGUAUCCCAUGGGCUGAGGUAGAUGAGUGGUGGAUUGGCGUGGUGCAUUAUUUGGCUUGUCUUUCUCCUACUGUUUGUUCAAUCUUCUAUCAUCUCUUUAUGAACCAUGAAGGUGGCGCACAAACUUAUGAUACGCUGCUGUGCUUUGACAUGUUUGGCGUCUGUCUGGUCAACACUCUUGGAGCUCUGCCGAUUAUAUAUAUCACUUUGCUGUGCUAUCCAUUCUCUCGUCGUGUGACAAUGGUGGCCUAUCUGCUGCUUUCUGGAUAUGGGGUGUAUUGUGCUGUCACUGCACGGAGCAACAUUCGUCGUCUGCGUUCCUUUGCCGGGCAGGCACUCUUUCGAUUCUUUCUGUUUGUGCUUCGUUUGAUUGGUACAGGGAGAGGAAGCCCGGCCUCUGUACGGCUCUACCUGACCAUGGAUAUGCUUGCGUUGCUAGGAGGACUCGUCAAUAUUUCCCGCCUGCCCGAGCGCUUCAGACCAGGUCGGUUUGAUUACUGGUGUAACAGUCAUCAAAUAAUGCACGUUAUGGUCAUCCUCUCCAUCCUGUACUUACACUGGGGCAUGCUGGAGGAUUUAACCUGGUUAAAAGGAUUUCACUGUCCCCAAUACUAA